CCUUACUCUUGGAACUUAGCUGAAAACCUGUUAUUUCUUGACUCUCCUGUUGGAGUUGGUUGUUCCUGUUCAAACACUUCAUCUGAUCAUCUCAACAAUGGUUACGCUCGGACAGCUGCGGAUUCCCUUGCAUUUUUAGGGAAGUGGCUUGAACAAUUUCCGGAGUAUAAAGGAAGAGAUUUUUAUAUUACAGGAGAGAGCUAUGCUGAGAAUUGGAGAAUGAUGAGUCAAGAGGGGCCUUCAAAACAAAAUAAAAGAUUAAGAAACUCCUCGUACAUUAAAGAUGGACCAGUUGCAGCUAUAGUAAGGAGAAAGCGCUCAAUGGCAGUACAAAAAAUUAUUCAAACUUUACGGUCAAGUAAAGAGCAUUUGUCAAAUUCAAUCGAAGGACAACAGCUAGAGGCAUCUGAACAUCCAUCGGUAGAAGCUCAUAUACAAACAGAAGCAUGUCCAUAUGUAGAACAACCAGUAGAACGACAAGCACAAAUGGAUUCAACCACUAUUGCAGCAAAUGAACAGUCUGAUGAACAAGGUCCUACUCAAAAAAGGAAAAGAGGUAGAACAAAGAUGUAUACUGUGCAUGGGCGACAGGAGCGUCAACUGAUAGUAUUGAAUGAGUUCAAUCAACCAAUUGGUCCCAGUAAAGCUGUUGUAAAAGAGUUGGGUAGUUUCCUUGGCACAUUGGCAAGGAAUGCAACACUUUGCCCUCUUGAUAAAUUUGACUGGAGGAAAAUGGACACAAAAGAUGAUUUGUGGAAAUAUACCAAGGAAAAAUAUGAUAUUCCUGAUGCUGCAAAAACAUGGGCUUUGGAAGCAAUUCACACUGCAUGGAGAAGGUAUAAGAGUCAAUUGAAGAAAGAUCAUUAUGAUACGUAUGUCAAUGAUGAAAUUCGAAUAAAAAAGCGGCCUGCAUAUGUUCCAGAAUCUCAAUUUAAGGGUCUUCUUAAAUAUUGGAACUCCGAAGCAGUCCAGAAAAUGUCCAAAAUCAAUACUGAGAAUCGGAAAAAAUGGAAGAAUCCUCAUACUUCUGGAAAAACAAGUUUUGCUGUAAUCCGUAAUGAAUUGGAAAAAGAGAAGGAAACUUUAGAGGGUAUAUCGCUUGAGGAACUAUUUGUGGCUACAAGGAAAAGGAAGCCUGGUCGAUCGUACAAGGAGCCAGACGAAGAUACAAUUAGUAAAAUUGCUGAAAUGAAAAAAAUAGAAUCAAAGCAAAGUGGAGAAGGAAGUCAAUCUGUAAAUGCUUUUGCAUCCGUCAUGGGAGCUGAACAUCCGGGACGUCUGAGAUUAUAUGGACGAGGGGUUACGAAAACGUCUUUGAAAGGUAAAGUGGGACAUGUUGAACCUGCUUUAAACAUUACUGAUGAUCUAUUGCAGAAGAUGGCAGAGAGGAUGGAGGAAAAGCUCCAAAAAAAAUUCGAGGAACAGAAGGAAGCUAUAAGGCAAAAAAUUGUUGCAGAUGUCCUUGCAAAACUUCAGCAUUUGAUCCCAACAUUGCAAGUUGAUCCUAACAUGCUAGCAACCAUAUCUACUCGUUCACCUGGAGAAGCUUGCUCUGCAACACGUACUCAACCAAUCCAUAAGCCACCUAUUGGUACCAAUCAUUGCAGACUAGGUGGAUCAAAUGAGCAAAUGAUAGGUGAAAGCAGUGAAGACACUAUCUAGAGUUAUGAGAUUGUUAUUACUAGAACUAGUGGGUUCUUCGUCGUAUGCAAUAAUAUGUUCACGCUACCUGGUUUUCUGAAACUUAUCGAAUAUAUGAGCUUGAAUUAAUGUUUCUUGUCAAUGGAUGGUGAAGAUGAAUCUGACUUGCUUUUGCUAGCUAUAGUUGUAGAAGCCCUCUUAAAAAUAUGGUCGUUUGGCAUUA